CAAGUUUCCCAAAUUCCCAUCCCAUUCUACUAAUCUCAUUCCUGUUCCUGUUUUGUUCUUCGCUAUCGUUUUCGGUGACUUUACUAUCGCUAUCGCUUCCCUCGCUCCCUAGUCCAGUCCCAGUUCCCAGUUCCCAGUCCCUGCCUGCUCCUCUUCUCUUCUCAUCGCGCGCUUCGGAGUAAUAUUAUUUUAUAAUAAUUGGCAAUUGCAUAUUGGUCACGAAUUAAUUUUCUCACGUUGUUAUUUUAUAGAAUGGAUAGUUAGUUAAGCAAGUAAGUGAUUUUUUUGUAGUAAUUUUGUUUUAGCCCUAUCGAGAAUAAAACUAGGAUGAGUGAAGAGGAUAAAAUUGUUCGGGUACCUGGAGAAACUUUAUCAAUCAAGGUUUCUUCGGAGGAAGAGGCAUAUAGGAAAAAAUAUUUACCAGAUCCCAAGAAACUAACAGAUGAAAAACUAGUGUGCACAGUAUGUUCCAUCUCACUUGCACAGAAUAUUCACAAAGGAAAGGACCUUUAUAUCCAUCGAGCUUUACAAGUUCUCGUGUGUGAGGCUUGUUACAAUUUCUACGGUGAUGGUUGUUUCUCCGCUGAUGAGGACGGAGAUGACAAGUAUUGCAGAUGGUGUGGUCAAGGUGGCACUCUCUAUUUGUGUUCAAAGUGCAACUGCGGUUUCUGCCAGAAAUGCACGAAACAAAAUUUAAAGGCGUCAGUUCUUGCCGAGUUGGAAAACGAUGAUUGGAAAUGCUACAUCUGCAAUCCUCGGCCUCUCUUCGGCUGUAGAACGAUUUGUUGGGGAGCCCAGCAACUCAACAAAAUUGGAAAGUAAGGGAAAUUUAACCAUGUGAUAAUAU